UCACGUGAUUUAGUGUCGUGGGUCAUUCCUCGCGCAAGAUGGAGUUGUCGGAGUCUGUGCAGAGAGGGCUGCAGACGCUAGCAGAUCCGACGGUUUUCGACUUGAAAACCUUCACCGUGUUCAUAGAGGUUGCUUUUCGAAGUUUACUCUCUGCCCAUUCCGAUCACAGUAUUCUAGAUCAGCCUGAGUUGAAACUAAUCGAGCAGGUGUGUCUGAAACAGUGUCACGUGGCAGUGACCUCCUGCAUACUGGAGGGAGUCAAACUAAACGCAGACAAGUCCACAGUAAGCUCCUGCCUCGAGGACAACCGGUUUGAGUCUGAAAGAGUGGAAGUGUUCUACAGUUUAUUCCAGAAACAUAAAGGUGACCUAGAAACCCUAUUGUCAAGUAUAGGAAGUGGUCCACCCCAUGUCAAUGACGUAUCGUGGCGUCUAGAGUAUCGCAUUAAGAACGGGCACGUGCACAAGGUCAACGAGCCUUCCUACCUUAUUUCCCUAAACGUCGAGAAUGGCGACAUGGGAAGGUCUUUAGAGAACGUUCAAUUUAAUUGUACAAUGGAGCAACUACAGGAUCUGAUGGGGAAGAUGAAAGAUGCGGCCAAGAGUCUGGAGAAAGCUACGCAGUUCUGAACUCGUAGCGGAGACGCCCUGCGAGAACAGUGGAGUCCGGUUUCUGAAUGGGUCCCUAUACUCCUCCCUGCUCACUCACCUUAAAUAUAGCUUACCGCUGACACCGGAAUUUUCACCGAGCACAUUCACCGAGCGUUCAUACUUUUGCUGUUGUUUUAUUAUUUGACAUUAAAUUCAUAGAUAAUGUAGGCCUACAACUAACUUGGCUUGAGUCGUAGGCUGUCUAUAACGAUUUGUAAUAAAGUUUCUAAAAUGACUGCUA